AAUACUCAUUUUUAAAAGUCGCAGUUAUGGAUAUCUCAACCACUAUAGAUCCCAAUGAUCUCUUCUCUGCUAAGGGUCUGGUCGUUGUUAUCACAGGCGGAGGCAGUGGAAUUGGCCUCGCCAUAACCUCGUGUCUCAGCCAAGCUGGUGCAGCCCACAUUUAUAUCCUCGGCCGCCAUCUAUCUACUCUCCAAGAAGCUGCUACUAGCGUUGGUGCCGCUGUUGUACCCAUACAAUGCGAUAUCACUAGCCACGCCUCUGUUUCCGCCGCUGUUGCAAAGAUAGAAGCUGAAAUCGGCUAUAUUGAUGUUUUGAUAAAUAAUGCCGGCGUGCAGGGUCCCGACCAUAGGCCUGCUAGAGAUGCAGAAACGAUAGAGGAACUGCAGAGAAUAUUGCUCACUGAUCCGGAGGGCUGGCAACCCACUUUUGCAGCCAACUCAAGCGCUGUUGUUGGAGUCUCCGCUGCCUUCUUGAAACUCCUCGAUGCGGGGAACAGACGGCGGGGUUGGGAAGGGGGGAAGAUUCCUUUGGGGCGACCUCGGCGGCGGGAUAUCACGGUCUUCACUGAGGAGGGGACCGCAUUACACGACGAGAGGAGCAGUCAGAUAAUAACAGUUGGGAGCAUCUCUGGCCUUAAUCGCUUUAUAACGGCCGGGUUGGCUUAUGGCGCGAGCAAGGCUGCGGCAAUUCAUUUGAGCAAGAUGUUGACGUAUUUGUUGGCGCCAUGGGGAAUCAGAUGUAACGUGAUAAAUCCUGGAGUGUAUCCUUCAAGGAUGACAGCCGGGACAAAUGACAAUUACAGCUACAUGGAAGUCCCUGCUGGUCGAAAAGGUAUGUAUCAGGAUAUUUGUGGGGUUGUUCUGUAUCUUGUAGGCAAGGCCGGAGCCUAUGUCAAUGGCAGCAUGGAGAAUACAGAUGGGGGGCGCCUAAGUGUGAUGCCCGCAACAUAUUAGUUGGGGGUUAAUACAUGAUAAAUUCAUAUUAAGGCCAUAGGGAGGCGGUAGCCCGAGAUUCUAACACGUCGCUGUAUCCUCAAAAGAACGCAUUAAAGCACUCCUAAGCAUCUUUAUGGUCCCUACCAUAGCUUUCACCCGGCAGGAGUGGAUUGGAACCGGGAUCCGCACUGGGGAAGGUGGGACUUGUCCGAUAGGGAUACGUUCCAAGGAAAUGCAAGUUCAUUCGGAUCUAGAGCGAAUCGAAUUAUCGUGGUUAGGCGCAACUGAUAGCGGGCAUCGACUGGCAUCAAUGACGGUUGUCUGGGUAAUGUUUCCGGGGAUAAUGGUCAAGCAGGUUCAGCGGUAAAUCAUGAUUUUCUUCAUUUACUGCAUGCGGG